CUGUUCUGCCCGCCUUCAUGCUUUCCCCGCCAUUUCCCUGGCUCCUUCCGCCCUACUUGUACCUGCACAGCUCACAUAACCCUGAUGACGGAGGUGGAAGGAGAGACUGAUGACACGUGCAAUUGAACCCCGACCUGCGGCAGAGGCGGAAUUCUAACCACCGUCAACAUACGAGGCAUUUAUGAACCAUCGUCCCAACAGUCGAUUAAAUGGACCGAUUUAAAUGAAGGACGGUUUCAUGGGACCUGGCGAGCUAAGACGUGUUAAGUCACGGGCUCACUUCGGGGAAGUUGCGGUCUCUUGCGGUGCUGCUACGGCGACUCCAAGACUGAUCAUCAGGGCAGGAUCUCGAUCCGUACUCCUCACCCUCACCCCCCUUCGCCCGCUCGUUCGAUUUGGGUACAAUCAGGCUCUGGCUGCGUACCGCUGA